UUGCUAGGAAAUGAACUUCUUUUUCUUUUGGUACGAGGAUAUGAUUUUCAAAGAUUCAAUGGCAGCCACUCAUUCGGAUAUAGUAGUAGAUAAUGAGCACUUAGAACUCUCAGGUUCUAGAUGAUAACAAAAUGCUGAUGCAACAGAGCGCCAGUUUUUGUGGUGCUAAGGCUUCUUUUUCCUUGCCAAACUUAACUCUUAGAAAACCUGCCACAUUUCCAUUGGCAAAGAAGCGCGAUUUGCCAGAGAAUUCACCAACUGAACAACCAAAUUUUUCUCUCAAAAUUUCAAACACAUUUCUUGCACAGUCUGCGAUUGCAGUGUUUUCAUUGGGAUUCAUCGAUGCCGGGUACAGUGGAGAUUGGUCAAGAAUUGGAGUUAUCUCGAAAGAGAACGAGGAUUUGCUGAAGGCUGCUGCUUUUGUUGUAGUUCCACUUUGCUUGUUUCUCAUAUUUUCUCUUCCCAAGAAAUCAGAAGAUUGAUAAUCUGUCUUUUAAGUUUUGAACAAUAAUUCGUUGUCCUUCUGGGAAAAAUUUGGAUGUACAAACAGCUUGCAGAAUGCAAGGAAUUAUCCUAAGGGUGCUACUAUUAUGACUUACAAAAUAAUUAGCGAAGUGCAGAUGAUUAGAAAUCACCUUUUAGUCUUCAGAAAAGUUCAGAUAUUGCUGUUGUAGAAAAUGUUAGAAAUUUGGCAUUCCAGCAAUGCCAGUAGAUCGAUCUCAUUUUUUAUGUCA